AUGUCGAACCGGUUGACUAGGAUUGCCAUUGUAAGCUCGGAUAGAUGCAAGCCGAAGAAAUGCCGGCAGGAAUGUAAGAAGAGUUGUCCUGUGGUGAAGACAGGGAAACUUUGCAUUGAGGUUACCUCACAAUCCAAAAUUGCAUUCAUUUCCGAGGAGCUGUGCAUCGGUUGUGGUAUCUGUGUCAAGAAAUGCCCAUUUGAAGCAAUCCAGAUCAUUAAUCUGCCGAAGGAUCUUGACAAAGACACUACUCAUCGUUAUGGUCCCAACACCUUCAAGCUGCACAGAUUACCUGUUCCGAGGCCUGGACAAGUACUGGGGCUUGUUGGAACCAAUGGAAUUGGCAAGUCAACUGCCCUGAAGGUUUUGGCUGGAAAACUCAAGCCAAACCUUGGACGGUUUCUUAGUCCGCCUGAUUGGCAAGAAAUUCUGACCUAUUUCCGGGGUUCUGAACUUCAAAAUUAUUUCACUCGGAUUUUGGAGGACAACUUGAAGGCAAUCAUCAAGCCGCAGUAUGUCGACCACAUCCCCAAAGCCGUAAAGGGUAAUGUAGGUGAAGUUCUUGCCCAGAAGGAUGAGAGAGAGAUGAGAUUUGAACUGGCGAAAGACCUUGACCUCAAUCAAGUUCUUGACCGUGACGUUGGUGACCUUUCUGGAGGAGAGUUGCAGCGGUUUGCUAUUGCUGUUGUUGCAACACAGCAUGCUGAAAUUUACAUGUUUGACGAGCCUUCAAGUUAUCUUGAUGUUAAGCAAAGGCUGAAAGCUGCCCAAGUUGUGCGUUCUCUUCUCCGUCCCAACAGCUAUGUCAUUGUGGUGGAGCACGACUUGAGUGUGUUGGAUUAUCUUUCUGAUUUUAUAUGCUGUCUUUACGGGAAGCCUGGAGCUUAUGGAGUAGUGACUUUGCCCUUUUCUGUCAGAGAAGGUAUCAACAUCUUCCUAGCUGGGUUUGUGCCCACUGAAAACUUAAGAUUUAGGGAUGAGUCCCUGACCUUCAAGGUUGCUGAGACUCCUCAGGAGAGUGCAGAAGAGAUUCGCACGUAUGCACGAUAUAAAUACCCUCAGAUGUCAAAGACACAGGGUGGCUUCAAACUGAUGGUUAAGGAGGGAGAGUUUACUGACUCCCAAAUUAUCGUUAUGCUUGGAGAAAAUGGGACUGGCAAAACAACAUUCAUCCGAAUGUUGGCAGGUUUGCUUAAGCCUGAUGAGGCUACCGACAGUGACGUUGAGGUUCCAGAGUUCAAUGUGUCUUACAAGCCUCAAAAAAUCAGUCCCAAGUUCACAUCAACUGUACGACAUCUAUUGCAUCAGAAGAUCAGGGAUUCUUACAUGCAUCCACAGUUCAAUACCGAUGUCAUGAAGCCUUUACAGAUUGAAGCUCUCAUGGACCAAGAAGUUGUUCACCUUUCAGGGGGAGAGCUCCAACGUGUGGCACUGUGUCUCUGCCUUGGCAAGCCCGCAGAUAUCUACUUGAUUGACGAGCCAAGUGCAUACCUAGAUUCUGAGCAGCGUAUUGUUGCAGCUAAAGUUAUUAAGAGAUUCAUCCUUCAUGCAAAGAAGACUGCUUUUGUGGUGGAACAUGAUUUCAUCAUGGCCACAUACUUGGCAGACAGAGUGAUUGUGUAUGAAGGUCAACCAUCUAUCGAUUGUAUAGCAAACACACCCCAGAGUUUGCUAACAGGAAUGAACCUUUUCCUCUCGCACUUGGACAUCACCUUCCGGCGUGACCCAACCAACUACAGGCCUCGCAUCAACAAGCUGGAUUCGACAAAGGACAGGGAGCAAAAGAAUGCAGGCUCAUACUACUACCUAGACGACUAAAUGCUCGGCAUAGAGCUCGCUUGCUUGCUUCAAAGUUUUGGGUGAGGGUACAUAGUACCAGUCUAACCGUAUAUUGUACCAUUUGUUUUCCGUCAUAGGCCAGGCCACAUCAAUGAAACCAUUGCUGGGUUCUUCUUUGAGCUACCUCUAUUGUGGCGCAAACCAGGAGUGAACAUCCUUGAACUGACCUUGAGCGCAACAGAAGUUGUGGUCUUUUCUUGGAGUUUUUCCUCGAAUUAUUGUUCAGUACCAAGGGAAUGUUGUGUUUCACGAGAAUUAGUUUUAGCAGCGUGACGCAUAACCUGCAUGAUGCAUGAGUUCUGAUCCUAGCUUAUAUUCUACAACUGCUAAAUGCUGGCAUUUAUUAGUAUUAUUUAUAUCUCAUUCUCGGCGGUCUGGACAUUUCACUGGAAUUGCUGAGGGGAGAGCCGUCUUGGAUAAUAAUCGAUGUUUAAAUCUUAGUCUUA